AUGCAGGAUCAGAGCUGCACACACACCGGCAUCAAACACACACACACACACACUCCCUCUCCGAGCCGGACACGCAGCCCCUGGCCCGGCAGCCCAGCCCGGCAGCGGAGGACUCACCCCGGCUUCCAGGAUCCGCAGCCCGCUGAGACAGUGGACCUCACCGCGCCUUACUUUGUGGACAUGGGAGACAUGGGGGACCCGCCGAAAAGUAAGAGAACUUGCCCCGUGUGAGGGGGUGUUUGGGACGCGGAGAGCGGAGUGAAUUCAGAGCAAGUUUGAGGGAAUUAGGUGUUGGAUGCUGCGGAGUAGAAAGAGGGGGACUCGGCCUGUUUUACGCAGCGGAGCACUUUACUGACACACUUUUAAUUUUAGAGUUUUUACACGAGAGGUGGAAGAAAACAGUGGAUUUACAAAUUAUUUUUUUAUUUAUUAAUUUCAAUAAUAAUAAUAAUAGUAAUAAUAAUAAUAAUAAUAAUAAUAAUAGUAAUAAUAAUUGAAUAAGUGUUUUUAAUCAUUUAGAAGCCGGCUAUAUGAGGAGUUCUCAUGUGUUUAUGUUUGUGUGUGUUUCGUGUGUGUGUUUCGCAGAGAAGCGGCUCGUGUCUCUGUGCGUGGGCUGCGGGAAUCAGAUCCACGACCAAUACAUCCUACGGGUCUCUCCGGACCUGGAGUGGCACGCCGCGUGCCUCAAAUGCGCCGAGUGCAGCCAGUACCUGGACGAGUCAUGCACGUGCUUCGUCCGGGACGGGAAGACAUACUGUAAACGGGACUACAUCAGGUGGGUCAGGACACGGGGCCGUGGAGAGGAGAGGAGAGGAGGGCCGGGCUGGAACCCCACUGUGUGAAACAAGACGACUGGAGCUCCAAUGACUUUACGGAUUACUACUAUAAUUUUUGAAUUUUAUAAUAACAAUAAUAAUAAUGAUAAUAUUCAGCAUCAUUAUUAUUAUUCGCCUAUUAAAUCUAAUUGAGUUUAUCUGGACUGAUAAGAGGCGCGCAGUGAAGGUUCAGUCCGUUUAAAUAUCAAAUAUCAGGAUCAGGAUCAUCUUCAGAAAAAAACAAACAUACAUAAAUAUUUUUAGACUUUUGAUUUUAUGUGAGGUGCUGUAGAAAAAAGCUAAAACAAUGAGCAUCAGGGUCACAUCACUUAUUUAUGAAUCAUUGAUUGAGAUCAGAGUCUGCUGUGACAGAUGGACCUGCGGAAUAUGACAGACUGGACUUCAUGUCAUCUCAUAUUCAGUUUUAUAUUAAUAGUUUAUUUUUAAUUGACUCCAUCUUGCAGCAUUUACGUUAAUAAUUCUUUUUUUUCAUCAUGAUUAUUUAUCCCUUUUUUUUAAGUUGAAGCCAAACAGGCCUUCAGCUUUUUGUAUGUAAACAAAACUCAUCACAGUCUUGAUAUUUCAUAGAGAUUUGACCCAUAAAACAACUCGUAUCAUAAUAGAAUCAACAUUUAAUUCAACUACACCAGUCAGAUAUGAUACAUAAAGUAGACUACAUAAUUAUAACGAUACUACCGGAUAUUAAUAUAUUUAGUUCCAAUUAUUAUUAUUAUUAUUAUUAUUAUUAUUAUUAUUAUUAUUAUUAUUAUUAUUAUUAUGUCCUAACCGGAGCGCCUGCCUGUGUGUGUCCCCGCAGGUUAUACGGGAUCAAGUGCGCCAAGUGUAACAUCGGCUUCAGUAAGAACGACUUCGUGAUGCGGGCCCGCUCCAAGGUCUACCACAUCGAGUGUUUCCGCUGCGUGGCCUGCAGCCGUCAGCUCAUCCCGGGGGAUGAAUUCGCUCUAAGGGAGGACGGGCUCUUCUGCCGAGCUGAUCACGACGUGGUGGAGCGGGCCAGUCUGGGCCCCGGAGACCCGCUCAGUCCGCUGCACCCCGCCAGACCGCUGCAGAUGGCAGGUAAAGUCCCCCGGACUGAGUGUGUGUGCGCGCGCUUGGAGCUGCUUUGAACCGCGACGACACGGUCCUGUCCUCUCUGACUGCAGUCACGCUGGUGUUUUUUUUUUCCUUUUUCUUUUGUUGCUGGAUGAGAAAAGGAGCUGAUUCUCUUUGACUCUGAUGAAAAAGAGCCUCUUUCUCCUGCACAGUCGGGAGUGAUUCACUGUCUGAUGCAGGCUCUAACUCAAACCGCUCCCGUGAAGAUUUGCUGCACAAAUAUUUCACUCUAGAGUUCUUCAUAUACGUGUUUUUCUUUUGUGUCUUUUGCGCAUACCAGUGUGCAGUCAAUCCAGACUCAACAGAUAAGAUAGACCGGGCGCUGCUGUCAGAAAUACACCGGGUUAUCGCUGUGAGGGAGGAGGAGGAGGAUGAGGAGGAAGGGAGGGAGGGCAUGGCUGUGGGUCCGGGAUGCGUUUGGUCAUUUUAAGAAAUACUGCAGAGCUCUGCGGGUCUAAGAGGGUGUGAGGUUUUCUCUGGAGUAGUCUGUCCUUCUGAGUUUAAUGAAGCUUUUAUUCAAAGUAUCGACCAGAAGUUUUUCUUUUAUUCAGAUCCAUAAACAAAUUGAAGCUUAGAAACCCUUUUAUCAUUUCUGGAGGAUUAUUCUUUCGGCAGAUUGUAAGAAUGUGCUUCUCUGACUCAAACAGCUCUGAUCUGAUGUGCGUUAAAUGCUCCAAAUGCUUUCCAUGAGUAUCCUAAACCAUCAAUGUGAAUAAAAAGAGCCUGAUUGUGCGUAAUGCGCACCCGGCCUUCACAGAAACACUUCAAACUCUGACCCCCUGUCUCUUCUCAUCCACUAAUUUCUCCCUCCGUCUCUUUUCUCGUCCUUUCCAAACAGCAGAACCAAUCUCGGCCCGGCAGCCCGCACUGCGGCCUCACGUACACAAGCAGCCGGAGAAGACCACGCGGGUCCGGACGGUGCUGAACGAAAAACAGCUACACACUUUGCGGACCUGUUACAACGCCAACCCCCGGCCUGACGCGCUGAUGAAGGAGCAGCUGGUGGAGAUGACCGGGCUCAGCCCACGGGUCAUCCGGGUUUGGUUCCAGAACAAACGCUGCAAGGACAAGAAGAGGAGCAUUCUCAUGAAGCAGCUGCAGCAGCAGCAGCCCAACGACAAGACGGUGAGAGGAAAGACGGAGGGUGGAGAACUUUAUCAUUCAGGAACUUUUUGUUUUUUAAACUGGAGACGAGACUGACGAUCAGGGUGAAUGUAUAUUUUCCUCAGCCUGCUCCAUCAGUGACAAGGCUCUUCUGGACUCUUCUAAAGCGCCACAACAUUUAGACCUGCAAAAAAACAGUCCCUUUGAGUUUCUGAAGCUGAAGGCUGCCAGCUCUCUACAUUCACUUCCUGUUUGUGUUGACUUUAUUUGUUUGCAUGUUUAUUGAUUGUUCAAAUGACUGACAGCAGGUUCAUGUCAGACCCCCCUUCUCUUUAAGCACACACACUUAGCGAGUCACACCCCACCUUAUCACCUGCACCUUUAGUGAGAGAUAUACUCCGUGUACUCUGAGUGCUCCGGGUCUGACCCCCCUUCCUCCUCCUUCUCCUCCUCCUCCUCCUCCUCUUCCCCCAUCCCCCUCCUCUCUCAGAACAUCCAGGGUAUGACAGGGACCCCGAUGGUGGCGGCGAGUCCGGAGCGGCAUGACGGCGGCCUGCAGGCGAAUCCGGUGGAGGUUCAGAGCUACCAGCCGCCCUGGAAGGUCCUCAGCGACUUCGCCCUGCAGAGCGACAUCGACCAGCCCGCCUUCCAACAGCUGGUGCGUCAAAUAACUGCGCACAGGCGCUCCUUUUUACAAUAUUUCUGAGAAGUUUAAGUAUUUUUAAUCGGACCAUGUGUGAAUCCAGCAGGUUUGAUCUUUGCGUAAAAUAUGUAAAUGGCACAGUGGCACUACACACAUAUAACUCCUGUUCCUCUUCACUGUGAGAGUGAGAUAGUCAGGAUAGAAUCUUUUAAGAAACAUGUAAAUAAAACUUCUAAAAUAUGAUUUGCUAUUUUUCUACAGAGCGUCAUUUGAGCGUUUCAUUAUUUUAUACACAGGGGUUUAAAUUCUUGAUGUUGCUGCGUCAAACGGCAGGACAGGUUUAUGUUGACAGAUAAUUUCUUAAUUGACAAAUUAUCAGAGGAAAAUGUUUUAUUUAAGAUGUGUUGAAUCUAUGAGCAGAGCUUUUUUGCAUUACAGUGAGCAGUGUUGGUUUUAAAGAAGCCCUGCAAUGGUGCGAAGUUAACACGGCUUUACGCACAAACUCAAACACACUUUUAGUUCUGUUAAUUUGUUACACCACUGUGAAGGUACUCAGAUAAAUUAAGAGUAAAUAUAAAUGCACUGACGUAUUUUGGAGUCUUUCGCUGAGGAGAUUUAGACUCAGAUCGAUGAUGGGGACUCUUUUGGGAAAUACGCAUCAGACUGAACGUGGACAAAAAGCAGGCCUGCGCCAUAUUUAAGUGGAUUAGUAUUAUUAUGAUGAGAUCUGGAGAGAGCUUCCAUCUGCUGUUUGGACCUGAUUCUAUUAUUGUUUUGACUGACACAUCAUUUUGUGUUACAAGUCAAACAUUUUUGGUUAAGGAAGAAAUGAGGAUUAUUUUCAUUCAGGCCUUGUUGGUGAUGCGUUUACGCAUUGAAGGGGUUUAAAAAGGAAGCUGGCCUCCUGCAGAGUACACUCUCUUUACUGUAUGGCUGGAAAAUGUGGGGCUUAAAUGUUCUAUUAAUCAAAUUUACAAGCUCAGUGAAAACAUUUUCAGCCAUUUAGGAGAGGUUCAAGUGUAAGCGCCAGUUGUUUAUGAUGAUUACGCACAGGUGUUCUGUAUCACAGCUACAUCGCGCUGCGGUUUGGGAUAUAUUUCCCGCAAUAUUCAUACAAAAUAGAAAGUUUAAGGGCAAGGUGGAUCAGGGACGCUUUUUUAAACUUUGACAGAUCUCAAAAACCGUCACCGUCAGGCUUUGCGCUUGGAGAACCCUAGAUAGUAACGCGAAGAAAACAUUACAGCUCAUUACAGUUUUUUCAUCGCUCAAAAAAGUACUUUUAACUAACAAUUGGUUUAUUGUUCACAUUAGAUGAUUAUUUCUCACUUAUUAAAACAGAUUAAAACUGAAUGAUAAAUGUGGGCAGGGGAGCUGUCAAUGAUUUUAGGCCCCAUGGACAGAAAUAUCACAUUAGGCCCAAACACUUAACCACCUGGUACCGCCUUAAACCUUCAGUAUUUCACAGAAAGUGCAGUGGACAUGGAUGCAAAAUUCUGCACGCCAUAGACUUAACUGGAUGCAAUAUUGAUGAGAAAUGUGCAGUUAAUACAAAUAGAAUAAACAUUAACCUCUUUGAUUAAAAUGAAUAAUGACCAUCAUCUUUAAAAUGAUGCAGCUGAGGGGUGAAAAUAGUCUUACUUUUGGCACUCCUGCAUUAAAGCAAAAAAAGUAAGCGCAGUUCUCUACCCAUCUGCACACAAAUCACCUGCUGAUCAAAACUGAUUGAUUGAUUCUCAGUGAAACUUUUUACAGUCUCUCAUGGUUCAAGCAUCACAUGUACUUACACUUUUUAGAUUUUUUUUGACAACCAAAUGAGGAUGAAGUUUAUGACUACCAUGGUGGAAAAGCUUCUUUGCAUAUUGAGCAGUUUGGCUCAAACAAUAAUCGGACAACUUUUCAUUUUGGUGGCACUGGGCAAAAAAACUUUAUUCUAGAAUAUGGUUGACUGAUUUGUUUUCUAAAACAUUGUAAAAGCUCCAAAACUGUAUGUCAUGUUUGCAAAAGGCACCUAAACAUUUCUACUCUAUUUUUUUUACCUCUUUCAGUUUACAGGCCAGUGCUACUUAAACAAAAUGAAGUACUUAUAAUGAUGCUUUUUCACCAUUACAGUCAUAAAUUACACUAUUAGGCUAUGACCCUGUGAAAAUGCAAGUUGAAGAAAACAUCCUAAAACAAUUUUAAAAAAUGCUGAAAGUCAUUUAGAAAAAAAGGACCUGUGCACUUAUGGGUUCACAGUCAGCAAUAUAAAACUCCUCAUCUUCAUCCACAUCCUGUCGGUCUCGUUGGUCUGGACAGAGAUUUUCCAAUGUCACUAUGCCUGAUGUUUUCUCUUGAAAUGCUCAUUACCUGUGAUGCUCUCAGCAUUUGUGGCAUUGGUCACACACUUUCUCCACCUCUGGUGAAAUAACUUUCAGGAACAGGAACUAUGUUGGUAGAAACUCCAUUAUGGCUUCUAGUGCAGGAUUCACUUAUCUCACACAAUCACAUAAUUGAUCAAAUCAGGCCUAACCAAUCAUCUCUCAUGUUCUCUGUAAAGUUUAUCCAAAGAUAGGUGUUGCAGUGGCAGAAAUCCAUGUCAGAGAUAUUUUGAGUUUUGCCUGAUUAUAUGUGAAUAGAGAAUUUUGCAUGUGAUGCUUGAACGAUGAAGAAUUUUUUAAAACAUGUGAAGAAUCUGACAAUUUCACUGAGACUCCAACCAGCAGUACAAGUGUACAAGUAACUGUAUACUCACUCUGAUGCACAUAGAAUAGAAUGCAAUUUGCUCAAAUGAAAGACAAAUUCAGAUCUGUUUUAAACAAUAAAUGAAUUGUUUAGAUAUUAAUGUGAACUAAAGGUGAUGAAGAAAGACUGUCAACCGAGAUAGGUUUUCUCAUUGUUAAAGGAUGCUUUUUUUGCUUUUGUUUUUGAGUUUGCUUUUUCACCAGAAUGUCAUUUUGUGACCAUCAGGGAGGAAGGGCAUCGUCAAAUAUUGGCCAAUAUAGCUCAAGCAAUGGCUGAACAUCUUUUCAUUUUAGCAACAAUGGACAUUUAAACAGACAGAAAAAACUCAUUUUUGGGAAGCGUCGAAGUGCGAUUGCCACGCAAAUAAUCCUGGAAAUAUUAACUUCUGCAAACAUGCACUAGCGUUUAAAUAAACUACGAUACUGUUGUGACACUUGGGGUCACAGUUCUGGAUGUGCCACGCUCCCUGUCCUCUAUCCUCGGUCUGAUCUUCCUUCCCUCUUCCGUAUAGGUCACUUUCUCAGAGGGGGGUCCGGGCUCCAACUCGACGGGCAGUGAGGUAGCGUCCAUGUCGUCCCAGCUCCCGGACACGCCGAACAGCAUGGUAUCCAGUCCCAUUGAGGCCUAAGCGGACCACCGCCCCCCAUCUCCAGCCCCCCACCUCCCCUUUCCCCGUCCCUCCCCCAGCCACCCACCCAGACCGCACCAAACAACCCCCCUGGUUGUAUUUUGACACUGUGAAGACAAUCAUGGGAUUUUACCACCACUGACACCGUCCUGCCGUGACGCGUCAUCACGGCCGGUGCUGCACGGUCACGCGCGCCGCCCCCCCACCCCCCCUCUCCCGGUUCCAGUUGCCAAACGGAGACGUGAAGCGGACUCUGUCUUUACCUGAACCUGAACCUGCUGAGCGCGACUUGAACCACACGGACUGGUGAUUUUUUUUAGAAAAAAAAAACGGGACCCCCCUUCCUCCUCCUCUUCCUCACCAUGAUUAGACCCGGAGGACUCAGCACUGCUCUUCAUCUUUACGCACCAUCCUCUUCUUCAUGACCCGAGUACUAAAGCAUUUGCAACAAGGUAUACCUCUAUUCUGCCACAAGCUUCGUGGGACAUCUGUGUGAGUUAGUGUCCGUCCGACCAGUUUUUUUUUCUUUCCCAAAGAUGUGUAUAAUUAUUAUUAUUAUUAUUAUUAAUAAGUUAAAAACGUUAGCUCUGGAAGAAAAUGUUUCGUUUGUUCCCGUGCAACAAAAAUUAUUUAUUAUUUAUUGUCGACAAAUUUGCCACCUUUUGUGUAACUUUCUUAACUGAAGUAAAGAGACGAAAACUGACUGGAGUUUGGUCUGUGGCUCUUCUAUCACAGCGUUUUAACAUUUUGGUAAAAAAAAAAAAAAGUGGAUAAAAAGGAGAUUUCAAGAGUCUUUGGGGUGAGUUUUUCCCUCUCUGUGGAUGUUCACACAUGAGGCGGAACAUCACAUCCAUUAACCGGCCUGAUGGAUGCUUAACCGGGUGUCAUGUUGGGCUCGCGCUGUCUCAGUUUACCUGCUUUAACACAACAUCCAAACCUCUGAGUCUUCAGCUCGUAUAUGAAGCGUCAGAAAGGACAAAGCUACGGAAUCCCUCUGGUGACAUUUGAGGGAAAAAAAAAAUCUUAUUUGUAGAAAUAAACCAAAUCUUGUUAUUGUCUUAGUCGCUUUUAAAACGUGUGAGUAUUGGGGGGGUCUGUAGAUGUUGAUUCAUAAUACGGGAGACUGGAGUUGGUUGUUGCACAGACUCUUGAGUCAAUGCGUCUUAUGGCCUUUGCGCACUCUGUCCGUGUUUUUAAUCUGAAACUGCUGCUUUUGCUAAAAAAAAAAAGAUACAAUGUGAAGUUGUGUUAAGCAUGUUUGCACACUGAACUUCAGUCCGUCAUUAUUUUUAUUACCAUUAUUUUGAAAUACGUUCGAUCUUCUGUGUUUUAUGGCAAACUGAAUGGUGCAAAGCACUUUAUCCAUGCGCUCCCCAGGGGGGGUUUUGAAUGAGAAAACAUGAACACCCAUUGAUUGUGAUCUUGUCUGAAUAUCAACAGACCCAAAUAUGCAGUUAAGCUGAAUUGUGUGUGUGUAUGUGUGUGUGUGUGUGUAUGUGCGCGCGUUGUCUCUACCAUGAACAUACCUAGCUGCUUUCAAGGAUCGCAAAAAAGCCACACUACGGAGAUUAGGUCCUGAAAGUGGACACGAUGAAAUAGUAUCAACAUUAUAAUUUAAAAUAUUAUGUAUAUGAUUACUGGAAAAUAAGAUUUUGACACUUUUUAAAGAAACAUUUUAAUGUAUUUUGUUUUUAUUUUUUUUUAACUCUAUAUUUAUUUAUUUAUGUAUUUAUUUUUGCACUGUCAGCUAUAAAAAAAAAAAGACGAAAGUAACACCCAGACCAUUACGUUCCAAAAUGAUAAUAUAUUUGUGUUUUUUCCCACUUUAAGUGCUUUCACAAACUUUAGUUGUAUUUACAAAUAUAUUCUAACAAUAAGAUUUUUUUUUUUGCAGUUUAAACCCUUUAUUUGACCUAUGAUGAAGGCACCUUGGCCUUCAGCUGCCCGACCAGUGUCUCUAGUGGUCAUUAGGAGAACUUUCUGCUUUUGCCGCGGUGAUCUAAACUAUAUCAAUGGUGUCUUGAUAUAGUUUAGAUAUAUCCAAAUAACACAAAAAUGGCUGGAAAUUGAAUGUAAAUUAUGAGACAUUGUGUGUUUAUGCUACAAGGACCAUGCGAUCAACAACCACAGUUGUUAUAGGUUUGAUUGAUUAAUUGAUUGAUUAUUUUUAUUAAUGUGUCAUGCACACAAAGUGCCCAACCAUCAUGGGCUUAUAGGACACUAAAGAUGCAGUUGCAGUGGUUCAAAAUUCAUAACAGAGUCAUUUUGAAGUUGAAUGUAUCUAUUAUUGCAGAUAGAAGCAGAAAGAAAUCGGAUUCCCCUGAUUUAAGCUGUUAGGAAAUGUUCAUUUCUACCUACUGUCAUGCCGUAGAGAUCAUAAGUAAAAGGUUAACACUGAGAAUUAAACAGAUAUUACCAAAAAGAACCAGUGGGACCUGAGGGUUCAUGUGUGAUUCCAGUAUCUCUGGAAGUGUAUCAAACUGAACCACUGAUAUCCUAAAAUCUACCUGGAAGCGAUGGGUAUAACUUUGCAGCUCCUUGUUUUCAGUGUCUUUCUUGUUCUUUUUCAAAGAGUCAAAAAAACCACAGGAUCAGUUUUACUGCUCAAAUGACCUUAUUUCCCCCCUCAUACUACCAAUUUUAGCAAUUGAUUGAAAAAAGUAGUGCAUUGGACUCAGUGUGAAAGGUUUCUGUUCAUUUAUUUUUUAUCAGAUUAUGGAUCUGACACACACACACACACACACACACACACACACACAUCUGAAUAAAGAUGGACUCAGUGUGCGAAGGCCACAGCAGAGACACAGCUGUAAUUUCUACAUCAGACCAGAGCUUGUGGUCUUGUGCUGAAGUAGUUUUCUGAUUUAUUCCUAUAAAUUAAUUUAACAUAAAAUUAUUCAACUCUAAAAACACACAGUUAGGGUUGUCCCUGUAGUGGUUGAUUUGAAUUUAGUAAAAAGACUUUUGAAAACGAUAAAUCUUUAAAAAAAGAUUGUAACCCUUUUUGUUUUUUUAAGUUUGAGGCUGGAGACACUGCGAGUUUCAAAGUCAGUAACAACAACACGUCCUUCAUCACUUCUACUUGCAUUUGUCUGUUUAAAUUAUUCAGUUUUAUAAGAUGAAGGUACACCGUGUUGUGAAAAAGUAAAGGUUUCAAAAUGAUGGAUUCACCGUAAAUAUCAUUUAAAGCUUUUAUUUUGUCGGUGUGUUUGUGAAAGAGAGAGAGAAUGGAAGUGUGUGUUUACUCAAAAAUAUUUGAGACCACAUAGACUUUAACAGAGACACUUGCUGCCACCUGUCUUUCUGAAGUGAUUUAACCAGUAGAUGAAUGUAAGAACCACUCACCCACACACAAACCCACACACACAGACACAAAAGAAUAAAACUCAAAGUUACAAAGACAGGUUUAGAAGUAGUCUUCGUAAUGGCUGUGUCCCAGUCCAAGAGGCUGCAGCCUUUGAAGGCCACAUCUGAGACCAAAUGCGUCAUUGCUGUGCAGUGAUGGCUGUCCCAGUCUGAGUCCAAAUGUGUCUUACUUUUGUCAGGCUGCAGAAGAUGCAUUGGGCAGCAAUGUCCAGUGAGUCCUUGCGCUGAAAAUUUAGGGAGAAGACAGACUUACAAAAGGCAGAGUUAGAUGAAAGGGUUUGGUUUCAACUCAAUAGCGAGCUGUGUUAGAAAUGUUAAAAGGGCAAACUCAUUGAAACUUUGAAUUAUCUUACAUGUGACCAUUGCUAUGCUGGGUAGCUAACUUUCUGGCUAGGCCAUUGGUGGCACUAUGUGGCACCAGCGUUAGGACUGAAUGACUGUGUGAUGGGACACACAGCAACUCCUCCACAGACCAAACCAUCUUAAUCCAGGUCAGCCUGACUGGUUCAGGCAGGGUAAGAAGGCCGGGUUCUUCAAGCGUUGCAUCCCCUGGAGUGGGACACAGUCAAUAUGUCCAACUGUAGAGACUUGGUAGAGGCUCUGCCCGCAUGGUGAUGUCAGAUUUAGUUUGCUGUGGUCAUUAAACAACAGUCAGGAUGCCUAAUGCUACAUGCAUGUGGAUGCGUAAUUUCCAGAGCAUCCCUGCCAAUGUUGACAUUCAGAUGUAGCAUCUAUGUAUUUAUGUCUAUGCAUUUGACCUCUUCACAAAGUUUUUAUGCAAGCUACUGCAUGGCUUUAACUAGCUGGCUAAAAUUAGGCUCAAAUCAAAGUGAGUAACUUUCACUUUUGAUAAGAGCUUGGAGAAUGACUAAGGGUAAAAAAUGUACUAAAAUAUUAAAUUCAAGUAAACUAAAAAGUACUUACUUUUAACCCAUUAUGAUGGGAAGUGGAGGUGAGAUAUUCUCACAGGAUUAUGUGAAGUAUGUUUUCUUAAAAUAACUAUUGUAAUUGAACAGACAGGAGGGCAUUCAUGUGUGUGUUCAGGGUGAAGUUACUGAAUAUUUAUUUUUUGUUACUAAUAUUUUAUCGAUCACCCCUGCUCAAUGAAGACAUGGCCAUCUGUGUUUAGUGGCUGAUAAACAUUUUUCAGCUUCUGUGCAGGAUUACAAACACUGAUAACGAUUGGGAUUAAAAAAAAUUUCUACAAUGGUCAGAAAUAAGAGUCUGACUACAGAGGCUAUCUCUCUACAUACUGUGUGCGUAUAUUUCCACCUUUACAGAAGCCUUUCUAGAUGUGAUUUAAUGAUGAACACACAUAUAUAUAUAUAUAUAUAUAUUCAUCUCCUCUGCUUCAAGUUACCUCUUCUGAAUGUCAGGUGGUAGAUGUCAUUUAAUCAGUUGAAAACUGUAAAGCUGAUGAACAUUUACAACCUUUACUUCAAAUUUCCCCCCAGUAACUAAAGUGAUGUAAAAUAUAGAGAAAUAUGAUUCUCCCACAGAAAAUACUGACGUAAAAACAAGUUAUUGAUUUUAAACCCAAACCC